GUCUCCUCGGAUCGAGCAGCUUGAGCAGUCAGCAGCAGAGAACGCUCGCCGAUGCCGCGCCGGAAGGAAAGAAGAAAUGUGGUCCCCUGGCCGAUCAGGAUCGCAUCUUCACGAACCUGUACGGCAGACACGACUGGCGGCUGAAGGGGGCCAUGAGCCGCGGCGACUGGUACAAGACCAAGGAGAUAGUGGAGAAGGGCGCCGACUGGAUCAUCAACGAGAUCAAGGUCUCCGGCCUGAGGGGCCGCGGCGGCGCCGGCUUUCCCUCCGGCAUGAAGUGGUCCUUCAUGAACAAGCCGUCCGACGGCCGGCCCAAGUACCUGGUGGUCAACGGCGACGAGGGCGAGCCGGGCACCUGCAAGGACCGCGAGAUCCUGCGCCACGAUCCGCACAAGCUCGUGGAGGGCUGCCUGAUCGCCGGCCGCGCCAUGGGCGCCUGCGCCGCCUACAUCUACAUACGCGGUGAAUUCUACAACGAGGCGUCCAACAUGCAGGUCGCGAUAGCCGAGGCCUACCAGGCCGGGCUGAUCGGCAAGAACGCCUGCAACUCCGGCUACGACUUCGACAUCUUCGUGCAGCGCGGCGCGGGCGCGUACAUCUGCGGCGAGGAGACCGCUCUCAUCGAGUCGAUCGAGGGGAAGCAGGGGAAGCCGAGGCUGAAGCCGCCGUUCCCGGCCGACGUCGGCGUGUUCGGAUGCCCCACGACCGUCACCAACGUCGAGACCGUAGCAGUGGCGCCU